CAGUGUUGAAUAAAUGUUUUUAGACAGUAGAAAUUCAGCUAGAAACAUUACUUUGGAAAUGAAUAAAUACAAUUGAGGAGAGAGUGAAUGAGUAACAUUUCUUUUAGAGGCACAAUACCUAGCUUGUGAUUAGUGAUCCUGUGAUGAUGGUCAUUGCCUGUCCAUUAGUAUUGACAGGUCUCUGUUCAGAUGAGGGCUGAAGGGACCAUAAGGAUUCUGGUCAUUUUUCUGAGGCAGUCCAUGUCACCACACUAAGCAUAUCUUCAAAUUACUUUUAUUGUCACAGUAUCCUUGGCCUUUCCAGAUCCAAAUAUAAAUUAUGUUACCCCAAAGCAUGUAUAAAUUUACAUUCUAUGAACAAUGAUAUCUCAUUAAUGAGAAAGGUUGAAGCACAGCACUGUCUCAUAAACAUGUGAGAACACUCAAAAGUGUUCAAGAAAAUGUUUAUUAUUUGGGGCACGUCCUACUCUGGUAGCAUGCCUUAUUUGGGGAUGUUUGCAUUGCAGGAUAGAGGUUAUGCAGGAUACAGUUUCUUGGAUUCCUGUAUUUACUGAGAAUGAAGUUAGCAUCUACAUGCAGUUCAGGGCAAAGAGCAAAAUCUGAACUUUCUGCUCCACAUGUUUAUCAGUUCAGGCAAACAGUUACGCUAAAAUAUCUCUACAUUUUAAUUUCUGGAGGCAAUUUGAGGCAUCCCAGUUCUGUGCUCCUUUGUAUGUUGUAUUUUCGGUGAACUGUAGAGUUCAUUAUUAAUGAAUCAUCAUUACAAGUAGAAAACAAGAAUCCAUAACUGUCCCUUCAGCCUGACACACACACACACACAUUUGUCGUGAAAAAUCUGGAAGGGACAAAUGUAUUCAUUUCAAGUUUAACUAUAUAAAAUAGUAACACUAGUGAUAGUAGCUAUGUAAUAAUUAAAUAUACUUCAUCCCUUAUACUUCAUACCUCUUCUAUUUUGCUUCUAAAUUUUGUGGUUAAUAUAUAAUGCUAUGCUGCUCUUUUUUUUUUUUUUUUUUUUUUUUUUUUUUUUUUUUUUUUUUUUUUUUUAUUUUUAUUUUAUUUUAUUCACAAUACUAAAAUGAGUAUUGAAUGGAAAAAAGCAACAGACUUCCCUUAAGGUAAGUUCUAAUUCCUGCUGGUUUAUUUAUUUCCUGACUCAAAGCUCAUCCAAAUCAUGAGUUGCACUGGAUCAGGUUUAUGAAAUUAAAUAUUUCAGGCUGAUGAAUCUUUUCCAAAAGGAUGAUUAAAGAUGUUAUUUUAUGCCCUUUUUUGCUUACUAGUGUAUUUUUUUGUUCUUUUGUCUUUGUCUCUGUACCAGGAGGCAUUUUUGAGUGUGUGGAAUCUGGUCCAAUGGGAGCAGAAGAAUUAGCCUUCAGAUUUGCUGUGAACACAAUCAACAGAAACAGAACUCUUCUGCCAAACACCACAUUAACAUACGACACACAAAAGAUAAAUCUCUAUGACAGUUUUGAAGCAUCCAAAAAAGCCUGCGAUCAGCUGUCCCUUGGGGUGGCAGCCAUCUUCGGGCCAUCCCACAGCUCCUCAGCCAACGCCGUGCAAUCCAUCUGCAACGCUUUGGGGGUUCCACACAUCCAGACCCGCUGGAAACAUCAGGUGUCAGACAACAAGGACUCCUUCUAUGUCAGCCUCUAUCCGGAUUUCUCUUCACUCAGCCGAGCCAUCCUCGACCUUGUGCAGUUCUUCAAGUGGAAAACAGUCACUGUUGUUUAUGAUGACAGCACUGGUCUCAUUCGAUUGCAAGAGCUCAUCAAGGCUCCGUCACGGUACAACCUAAGAUUAAAAAUCCGUCAGUUACCAGCUGACACAAAAGAUGCAAAGCCAUUGCUAAAGGAGAUGAAAAGAGGCAAAGAAUUCCAUGUAAUCUUUGACUGCAGCCAUGAAAUGGCAGCAGGCAUCUUGAAACAGGCUUUAGCUAUGGGGAUGAUGACAGAAUACUAUCACUAUAUCUUUACCACACUGGACCUGUUUGCCUUGGAUGUGGAGCCCUAUCGGUACAGCGGUGUCAAUAUGACCGGCUUCAGGAUUCUAAACACGGAGAACACCCAGGUGUCCUCUAUCAUUGAGAAGUGGUCCAUGGAGCGCUUGCAAGCACCCCCGAAGCCUGACUCAGGUUUGCUGGAUGGAUUUAUGACGACGGACGCGGCGCUGAUGUACGACGCGGUCCAUGUGGUGUCGGUGGCGGUCCAGCAGUUCCCGCAGAUGACCGUCAGCUCGCUGCAGUGCAACCGCCACAAACCCUGGCGCUUCGGGACGCGCUUCAUGAGCCUCAUCAAGGAGGCCCACUGGGAAGGCCUCACAGGCAGGAUAACUUUCAACAAAACUAAUGGCUUAAGGACAGAUUUUGAUUUGGAUGUCAUCAGCCUCAAGGAAGAAGGUCUUGAAAAGGUUGGAACUUGGGAUCCAUUGAGCGGCCUUAACAUGACAGAGAACCAGAAAGGGAAACCAUCAAACAUCACAGAUUCCCUGUCCAAUCGCUCUUUAA